UUCUCCACAUUUGGGUUAUUUUUUCUCUUAUUUGAUAUUGUUUAUAGUAUACACUGUAAGUGUCAUCGAUUUUCUGAAUUUUAAAUGUUAUAUAUUAAUAGGUUUUCUCUACCAUUUAAGCCACCUCAAUCUUAAGAAUCGUUCUCCACGUUUGGAAAUUCUUCAAAGGUUUCGUUGGAUCUGAGUUGAUUAUCAUUAAAGGUAUGUUCUUCAUUUUGAAAUUAUUUAUGUGAAGCAGAAUGUUUAGUGUUUUAAUGAUAAUUAUUACUUUAUACUGUCCACUCUGUUUAUACUUUAUUUAUUUGUAUAUAUAUAUAUAUAUUGUGUCAUCUUUGUUCAUUUUGACCAUGUAUUUUUUUUCUUAGCUGAAACUCCUCUCUCAAAGAAAAGAUAUUGGUAUGCAAAUUUACCCGAGAAAAGAAAAGAACAAAUAAAAAAAAAACGAAGAGACACAUACUUACAAAAUAAAAUUUCUGCUAAACUUUCAGGUACAUUUUAGUGACUUUAAUUUCAUAUAAUAAGAAUUUAGCUCAACCAACUAUAUAUGUUUCCCAACAAUUUAGAAUUAUAUUUUAUUAGAUUCUUCCUUAACUCAAUUGCAAGUUUAUGUCAACCCAUCAGACAUAAUAGACGAAACUAGAUGGAAUAACAUCAGCUCUUCCACUUCCUUUGAAGUUGGUAAGGGAUUUAGUAAUUUAGAAUUUUAUUGUCUCCUCACAAUUGUGUUUUCUAAAAUCACCACACAUGCUAUCAUGUGAUCCAUAUGUGUCAUGCUAAAAGAUUUUCUCGUGAAUCGAAAGAGUUUUGUUGUGCUGAUGGUCGUAUAUCAUUAGCAUCAAAUAAUAUACCACCAGAACUGUAUCUUCUAUUUACAUCUUCAAAUGAAGAUUCAAUACAGUUUCGAAAGUACAUUCGAACAUAUAACAAUUGUUUUGCCUUCACAUCUUUUAGUGUGAAAUACGACAAAAACUUAUGCAAAAGAAAUAAAGGAAUGUAUACAUUUAGAGUUCAAGGACAAGUGUUUCACUUUAUAAACGAUUUGCUACCACCAAAUGAGCAACCUUCUUACCUACAACUUUACUUUUAUGACACAGAACAUGAACUACAACAUCGAAUGUCCACUUCAUCAAAGAUGAAUGUAUCUGUGUUGACAAAGAUAAUUGAUAUAUGAAAAAUCAACCCAUACUCUCAUUUCUUUAGAAACCUUAGACAACUAUCUGAUAUAGAUAGUUGUAAAAUCAUCAUUCGAUCAAACAAUGACAUAGAUACGAGUUUAUAAUGCUCCAUCAGAAUCUCAAGUUCUGCCGACCAACGUAAAGGGCGAGAUAUUAUUAUUCAAAGUCAUAAUGGCCAUUCGCACAAAGUUGAAUAUUAUUUUGGUUGUUAUGAACCCGUGCAAUAUUAGUUAUUAUUUCCAUAUAGAGAAAAUGGCUGGCAUUGUGGGAUUCAGAAAGUACACAAAAAUAUAAUUCCAGCACAGAUUGUUGAUGAGCCCUCCAUUACUCUCGAAACGACAAAUUUUGAAAUCGAACUUUUCGACAAAGAAUUAAAAAGGUAUAUAAAAUUCUUCAAAUUAGUUAUGCUUGUUAUCAUAUUUAGUGACACAUCACAUUGUUAUGGUUUUGCAGCAUCUAGAAAGAGAAACAACAAAAAUACUGUGUCUUGUCGAGAAUAUUACAACUACAAAUUACAAAUCAGAUCUUUUGAGAACUCAAUAUUGCUCCAUUCUGGAAGACUGUUACAACAAUAUGUUGUUGACAUGUAUGUGAAGUUUGAAACAUCUAGAUUGGACUAUUUUCGGCUCAAUCAAAAAGCGAUUCGAGCUGAACUAUAUCAAGGUAUUAUUGAUAGCAUUGAGCAUGGUGAAACUCACGGAUCUCAAGUUGGACAACGAAUCAUUUUUCCAUCAUCAUUCAUUGGAUGUCCUAGAGAUAUGAAGAAAAGAUAUAUGGAUGCAAUGACAUUAGUUAAAAAAUUUGGAAAGCCAGAUAUAUUUCUCACUAUGACAUGUAAUCCUAAUUGGCCUGAAAUCAAAGAAGAGCUACAACGAAACGAUGAAGUUCAUAAUAGGCCUGACUUAGUUGUACGCAUUUUCAAAGCAAAAUUAGAAGAGUUGAAAAUUCAUUUGUUUAAAAGACAAAUAUUUGGACAAGUUGGUGCACAUGUAUAUGUCAUUGAAUUUCAAAAAAGAGUACUUCUGCAUGCUCACUUUUUGAUAAUUUUGAAAUCAAAUUCAAAAUUAUAUGCACCUGAAUGUUUUGAUAAAGUUGUUUCAAGAAAAAUUCCUCACUGUCAUUUAUAUGCUAUGAUUCUUAAACACAUGAUACAUGGUCCAUGUGGCAAUUUAAACCCAACAAAUGCUUGUAUGACAAAAAAGGGAAAUUGUAGAAACCAUUAUCCAAAGUCUUUUUGUCUUACAACAACUCAAGGAGAAAACUCAUAUCCUAAAUAUAGACGUCAGGAUGAUAAACAAAAAAUUCAAGUAAGAGGAGCUACGUUAGACAACGUUGGGUUGUUCCAUAUAAUGCAUUUUUACUUGCGAAAUUUGAUUGUCACAUGA